AGAGUCUAUAUAUUUUAGUUUAUUUUGCGAAACACACUUUCUCGUGCAGAUGUCAUGAACUUCGCACCACUUUGCAUCAUGAUCUGUAUAAAGGGAGACUAUUGCCAUUCCUUAAUGGUCUUCCAAAUGCCAGGUCUUGCAGGAUCAAACUACUCGCUGAUCUAGCAGUCUAGCUCGUAAUGGCGGAUGUCGAGAAACUUGUGCAGGUUGAUACACUGGACACAAUGCUGGACACAAAUGAGAACAAAGAUGGCAGCUUUUUUUCUUGGCUCACUCCGUCCAAGACGAAGAGCAAAGAUGAUAUACCAGAUCCGGUAGAGCAAGAACUGAAUAUGAAAUCCAUGAGUAACGAAGAUCUUGAAUCGAUACCCUGGUAUCGAACAAAGAUUCCCGCCAGAAUGAAAGCUCUGUUCCAAAGGGCAAAGUCGAGCAUCAAUGACGCUGAAAGCUGGGCAGACUAUCAAGAUGAUCCAGACUGGUCAUUCCCGAUGGUCAAAGCACACGUCUUUAUUCUGGAUACAUCUGGAGAACCGAACUGGUUUCCGGUUGGCCCAGCCCUUAGAUUUUUAAACCAAAGUACGGCUACCAAUGCUGUUAGGCAAUUCUCUUCUUACACUAUGGAGAGAAUCCACCACUACGCUAUGAACGGGGAAAGUCUGCACUCGUUGUACGCUGCUAGGAAGCUUGUGGACGUGUUAAUCCACAUAGAGAACAGAACUUUCUACGCCCACAGAUGCGUCCUUUGUACACAUUCAGAAUAUUUCGCCAACAUACUGCUGGAGAAUGACCUCCCACCCUACGCCGUGACUGACAUCACCCUAAAGCACGUCAACCCGGAACUAUUCAAGCGGUUCUUGCACUUCGCGUACACCGGGGAUGUAUUUGUGAACCUGGAGAUUCUGUAUCCACUUCGAAGAUUGGCAAACAUCUUAAAGUCCAAGAGCAUGAAAGCUAAACUGAUGAUAUUUAUGGCGGCAACUGGAACCAUGGAUCUAGAGCAGGCAAUCAAGAUAUUGUCCGAAAAUACAGAUAGAGACGCUAUGGCAAUAGCUGUGGAGGUUGUCAAGUCUAAUUUUAAGGUUGUCAUGAAUGAUGCAAGAUUUUUCUUGUUCAGCUUCGAGAAUGUCUUAGAAAUUAUUAGCGGAGAUAAUCUUUGUGUCAAUUCCGAACUAGAUGCAUUCUGGGCUGUACUAUUCUGGGUAGCCUAUGACUACGCCAAUAGGAUAAAUUUCUUUCCACAGUUAUUGUCGGAGGUGCGAUUUACUUGUAUGACAUCACUGGAGCUGAUGGAUUGUGCCAAGGUCACGGACAUGAUCAAAUUGUCGGAGAAGUGUAAGAAAAUGCUGAUCACCGCCAACUGGAUUUGCCACGCCCGAGAAAUAGGACUGGAAGAUCCACUCGGCUUGCCUGAACAUCCCCAACGGCACUGCCUAGUGAACAUGCAACAUGAGCCUCCUACUGUAUCAGAGUUUGAUCAAAGGUUUCUAAAGUACAUGCGACUCAUGAAUCGAGAUGUGAAAGACUUUUCAAGCCAGAAGGACAACACAAAACUAAAUCGAAAACGUGUGGUCUUUUCCGAGGAUGAUGACGAUUAUGAGGAAAAGGCAGAUGAGGGUGAGGAGAUGGCUUUGAUAGAGGAGGGGGCUAAGGAGGAGCCUCAAGAGCAGCCUAAGGAGGAGUCUAAGAAGUCUAAAAAGAGUAAGAGCCCAAAUCAAAUGCCUAAAGAGGUCUACAUUAGAGAAGACACAGAAGAUGAUGAACACAAGGAUGAUGUCCUUCCACCAAACACCCAGCCCCAGUGGUUAACAUCUGAAGCUCAAGAUGAACCAGAAGAAAAAAUCAAAGGUAAAGGAAGGUCAAGGUCAAUGUCCAUCUUUAACUCAGAAGGUGAUGAUUUAGAUACUCCACAGUUUGACACAGAACAGAAGACGACGCCAAGAGGAGAGAAAAAGAAAAAAAAGAAAAAGGAAAAAGAACCUAAGUUACCUAUAAGUGCUACAUCCAGUGAAGACACUUCUUCCGAUUCAAAAGGAGAAAAGUCAAAGGAGAAAAAGAAAAAGGAGAAAAAGAAAAAGGAGAAAAAGAAAAUGGAUAAAAAGUCGAAGGAUAAAAAGAAAAAGGAAAAAGAACCUAAUUUAUCUGCAAGUAAUACAUCUAAUGAAGCCAUUUCACCAGAAGCAAAAGAAGCCCAGCCAAAGGAAAAAAAGAAAAAGGACAAAAAGAAGUCUCCAAAGAGCAAUGCAGGUGAAGGGUCAGAGCCCAAAAAAAAGAAGCACUCAAAACAAUCAGAAAAUAAAACCAAGACCAAGGUCCUCCAGCCCAAUCAACCAGUGGAAAAAAAAGAAAGCAAACUCAUGAAAUUUAUAGGUAAUUUGAAAAGCAGAUCACAAUCUGAGACCAUUUUGGAUUCUAAUCAUCAACCUGAGCCACCUGGGCAGGAAGAGCCAAAGAAAAAAGUCAAAAAGAAAAAGAAGAAGAAAGACAAGAAAAAAGAUAAAAACAAAAACAAACAAAAUAACACAGAAGAAACUUCCUUAGAGAGCUCCAGUUCUGAAGAGCAAUCAGCAAUCAGUGAUUCAUCAACUUCCACAAACAAAGCGAAACAUGUUACAGAGAACAAAUCAGACAAUAGCAGAGGUCACAAUGUCAAAGCUUCUCCCGAAACAAAACUGCUGGAUAUCUCGGACAGUUUCAUCUUGAGAUCAGUGCGAAAACCAGAUGGUGACGCCCUGAGCUUGUGGGAAAACAGUGUGUUCCCUGUCCAAGACAACCACAUUUUAAGUGGAGACAUCCUUCUUCCCUUUCGCCAACAAAAAAUUGUUCUUAGAAAAGAAACCAUAGGCAGUAAAACCACCGUAGAGUCAAUGGAUCAAAAGCACAAAAAUGAUGAAGGCCUUACACACAUUUCAAAAGAUGACACAGAUUUAGACAAAAAUAAUUGUAGAAUAGAAAAAUCCUUCUACCUCUAAUUGUCCAUUUAUUUCUUUAAAAUGUAACUGUCAACAAAAAAGGCCCAAGACCAGCAUGAAAGUUAAAGAAUAUACCAAUACUAGAGUAUGACUGCUGCCUUCAUCAACAUCCAAUCAAGUGAGAGGCAUGCAGUCAUGCAGAACUUUUGAAACUAUCCAAAGAAUGAACGAAUAGGUGACCUUAUAGGACUGGAAAGGAAUUGAUGCUGACAACAAGCAAGGACUAUCUAGAGACAGAGACUUGCAAUAUUCAAAACUUCCUAUUAUAAAAGCAGAGAAUACUAAAAUGAUAGAUAAGCCUCCAUCUUUCCCUGUUACACAUAACCAUAUAUAUUACGCAAAGACCAGACAUUGCCUCCCUCUUCUCAAGGCUGAGCAAAAGAAACAGAUUUACAAGGAAAAAAAUAAAACAGCAUUCAUUAAUGAUGAAAUUUAACCUAACAUACUGCUGUCAUAAAUAAAAUGUAAUGUGUAUCUCUUCACAGAAGGACAUUUAUAGAAAUUAAUAUAUAAUUAUUUAUUUAUUUUUUUUUACAAAAGAAACAAAAAUUUAUAAACACCAAAAUAUUUGAUAGUU